GGACCAAGUGCAGUUGGCUUAGAACGGUUGAUAGAACAACACGUUCGCCAGCUGUCAGACAAAAAUUCACUUUUUUACAUUAGCCCCACCUAUUUUUUUCUUUUUCUCUACUUCUUCCUUUCGUUCUCAUUCUAAAUUACUUUUCGCGUUUUGGAUUUACUUCCUGGCUUCCAAAAUCCAUUCCUUUCUAAUAAUUCUAAAGAGAAUAUUAUUCAAUCUACGAAUAAUUCCUUUAUAAUUUUUAUCCGUUCGUUUAUCUCUUACAUCGUUUCUCCUCGUAAUCUCUUUAAUUUAUUUUUAUUUCUCUCGUUUAUAUUUAUUAUAUCCUAUAAAAUUCUAUCACCUUACUGCUUCCAUUAUCGUUAAAGUUUUAUUUUGUUCGUCAUAAAUCUUCCGUCGUAUUGAGAUACAUUUCCGGUACGAUAAUCGUAAGUAAUCUUUUUCGUGAUUAAGUGUAAUAAUAAUUAUUUUCAAUUUGAUUUAAAUAUUUUUUAUUAUCCGAUAUCGUUUAAUAUUCGUCGAUAUUUUUAUCGUCUAUUAUUAUUAUUAUUAUUAUUAUUCGUUUCAACGUCGUCGUGCCGGAUUUUAUCCUCUUAAUGCGUACGUGCGUGUUUGUUCGCGCUCGCGCGUAAGAGUAAAAGAGAGAUAAAGAGAGAAAGAGAGAGAGAGAGAGAGAGAGAGAGAGAGAGAGAAAGAGAGAGAAUUAUCGAUUUAAGUUCGACGAGGAGAAGAUAGUUUGGAGUGAGCCAGUUGAUCGGUCACGUAUCACCACAAGGGAGAAGAUCUCAAAGAGUUUCAAUGUCGUGGAACGUCAUCGGGCAAGUUCUUUUAAUUUUACUUGGUUUAUUUUUUAUCGAUGACGUCACGUCAGAUCUCAAUGGGCCAAAGAUUUUUGAAAGGGAUCGAUCCUACAACGAUGACCUGUCUAACAUUUAUACGACACUGAUAACUGUCGGAAUGAAUGAGAAAUUGUUGAAACCAGUGGAGAAUCGUGAUUGGAUAGGACCAGAAAAUCUUGGCCAGAUUUCUGGUGUCUCGGUGGAUCCUUUGGGAUAUCCAGUCGUCUUCCAUCGCGCCGAUCGAUUGUGGGAAUACGGUACUUUCACCAAUGACAACGUUUAUCAAGAAGAAUAUAAAGGACCGAUUAAAGAAAAUACUGUAUUAACGUUGGAUCCUAAAACUGGUGAAGUUAUACGUGGUUGGGGAAAUCACACGUUUUAUUUGCCACACGGUAUAUACAUUGAUAGUUUUGGAAACGUGUGGUUGACCGAUAUUGCACUCCAUCAAGUUUUUAAGUACGACAGUAAUGGGACUCUCGGAUUGUCACUUGGUCAACGAUUCGAGCCAGGAAACGAUUUUGAACACUUUUGUCAACCAACGUCGGUAGCUGUGGCACCGUCAACAGGCGAGAUCUACGUAGCUGACGGAUAUUGCAAUCGUAGGAUUGUUCUCUUCGAUUCAAUGGGAAAGCCACGUUACAGCAUAGAAGGACACCGAAUAAAUCUACUGAUACCACAUUCAUUAACGAUAUUAUCCAAUGGAGAUCUCUGCAUUGCUGAUCGAGAAAAUGGAAGAGUACUUUGUGUAAAUGUUAGACCUUUUGGAUCGAAAAUCGUUAUCUCUAAACCACCGUAUUCUGUCUCAUUCUUUGGUCGAGUUUUCGCUGUUGCCUCUUAUCGUGACUGGAUUUACGCCGUGAAUAAGAUGGUGUUCAGUUCAAGUGCAAUAGGCUACAUGAUAAAUCCAUAUACUCGAAGAAUCAGCAAUCUAUGGUUCCCUGAAUACGGCAAUUUUCAAAAUCCACAUGACAUCGGGAUAUCCCCCAACGGCACGUCACUUUACGUCAGCGAAAUAGGUCCUAACAAAGUAUGGAAGUUCGAUUUGAUAAAAGAAGUAUGAAAAUCAACGAACGAUCCUAAACUUGUGUAUAAAAAUGACGUUAACCAAAGAAAAAAAAAAAAAAGAGAAAAAACAAAAAAAAGAAAACCACGCAAAAAAUAUAAAAAGCCCGAGCGAAUAAUAAAA